UAGAGAAAACCAUGUAUAGCGAUCACGGGGUCUCUCUAUCAAAAGAGAUCGAAAACGAGGCUUUGUGCUUGCAACACAAAGAUCAGAAACCGAGUAUGUUCUGUCGUGACUGUGAAAUACUCACUUGUAAAAUAUGUUGGAAGGAGAAACAUUGCGGCCAUGAGCAGGCAGAUCUGAAGAAAAUAGCCGAUGAACUCCGAAUUCAGCUUGUGCAGAGGGUUAAUUUUGCUCGAAAGACAACAUUACCCAAUCUGAGGAAAAUAUCUGAUGAGAUCCGAAUAAAUCGAGAAGAAUAUAUGAAACACGGUGCUUAUUUAAGACUAGAAAUUACGGAUAGAACAAAACAUUUAAAAUCACAACUAGAUUUAACAUGUGAAGCCAUUUUAAACGAUUUAAGUGAACGUGAGGAUGCGGAUACGAGGUCACUAGAGACAUCUGCCACAGCUGUUAGAGCGGAACUGGAAUGCACCGCUGCUCUACUGACUGCCUCUGAUUUAGAGAUCAAAAGUGAACAAGAUGAAGUUUUCAUAAUAUUUGCCCAAAAAGCCAUCUCUAAGUUAACCAGUACACAAUGUUCCAAGUCAUUUAAGCCAAUUUGUCCCCCGACCUUCGUAUCAAGUGAUUCUAUUAAUAGAAGUGCUAUAGAGAAACUUUACGGGUACUUGCAGCAGGAGAAUUCAACAAUUUAUCAAGAGAAAGAGGAACAUUUUCAGAAUGCGCAACAUACUUCCAGUCACGUCAAAGUAGUCAUUGGUCACGUCACACACUUGACGCUUGCGAAUAACGAUGCAGCAUACUGCAUUCGAACACUACCAAACGGUCACGCAUGGGUUGGCACAGGUGCACAAUCGGUAAGGCUAGUAGACGCUAAAGGGGAAGUGCUGGAUGAAGUAUUUUUAGAUUUCUACCCGUAUAAUCUUGCAAUACUCAACGACACACUUCUUCUCUCUAAUGGACAAUUAAUCAAAGCAAUAAACAAUGGUGAAAUAUCGGACUUUUUUAACGCUGCACCAUUUUAUUCUCAGGGAAUAUGCAGAACGAGUGAAAGCGAAAUCCUCAUAUGCUUGGCGAAAAGGGAUGAAGGAAAAAUUCUUCGCUUGAAUAGCUGUGGAAAAACUUUGCAAAAAAUUCAAUUCGAUGCCAGUGGAAAACCCCUAUAUCGAAGCCCGACAAAAGUGUCUGAGAGCUCACGUAACGGUGAUAUCUGUGUGUCGGAUUCUGCAGAAAAUAGUGUCAUUGUGGUGGAUAAAUCCGGAUGUCUUCGAUUCAUUUACCGUGGGUUGGAGGGCGACACCUUUUCGCCAUUUUACGUCACUUACGAUUCCUUUGGAAACAUUCUGAUCGGCGAUAAUAGUCAUUUCCGGAUUCAUCUCGUUGAUAAAGAUGGUUUCUUCCUGCAGUACAUACUCACGGUAGAGGACGGCCUCUACUCACCCUGGGGCCUCGAUGUGGACGAGAAAAAGAACCUUUGGGUGGGAACAUUGUCGAGUAAAAUCUGGAUUGUGGAAUAUAUCGGUUCAUAGUAAAAUCUGGAUUGUGGAAUACAUGUAUAUCGGUUCAUAGUAAUGUCUGGAUUGUG